AUGAAUAUACCAGCUAUAAGAAAUGAUCUCAUGGCAGUAAAUAUGGGUCCCCACCACCCAUCAAUGCAUGGUGUUCUUCGACUCAUUGUUACUCUAGAUGGUGAAGAUGAUAUUGACUGUGAACCAAUAUUGGGCUAUCUACAUCGAGGGAUGGAAAAAAUUGCAGAAAAUGGAACAAUUAUACAGUAUCUACCGUAUGUAAUGCGUUGGGAUUAUUUAGCUACUAUGUUCGAAGAAGCAAUAACAGUAAAUGGCCUGAAGCAGUUGGGAAAUAUUCAAGUGCCUAAAAGAAUAUCAUUAUGGGAGAAGUUGAUCGUUGAAAUGAUAAUUGAUAUGACAGAAGUACAGAAUUAUAUGAGCCCUUAUUCCUAUUUUUACUCUUGUAUUGGAAUCACAAUACACGUACUGGUAAUUGUAUGGUUAGAAAGAGAAAUAUACGUAGGACUGCAGCAACGUAUUGGACCUGAAUACACCGACCCUUUGGGAGUUCUUCAAGCUCUAGCAGAUGGGAUAAAACUUCUUUUCAAAGAAAAUCUUCUUCCAUCGAGAGGAGAUACUCGUUUAUUCAGUAUCGGAUUGUCCAUAGCAGUCAUAUCAAUUUUAGUAAGCUAUUCAGUAGUUCCUUUUGGCUAUCACCUUGUUUUAGCGGAUCUCAAUAUCGGUGUUUUUUUUUUUUUUUUUUUAUGGAUUGCCAUUUUCAGUAUUGCUCCUAUUGGACUUCUUAUGUCAGGAUACGGGUCAAAUAAUAAAUAUUCCUUUUUAGGCGGUCUACGAGCUGCUGCUCAAUCAAUUAGUUAUGAAAUACCAUUAACUUUAUGUGUGAUAUCAAUAUCUCUACGAUUAUCUAAUAGUUCAAGUACAGUUGAUAUAGUUGAGGUGCAAUCAAAAUAUGGUUUUUGGGGAUGGAAUUUGUGGUGUCAACCUAUAGGGUUUAUUGUUUUUCUAAUUUCUUCCCUAGCAGAAUGUGAGAGAUUGCCUUUUGAUUUACCAGAAGCGGAAGAAGAAUUAGUAGCAGGGUAUCAAACCGAAUAUUUGGGGAUAAAAUUUUGUUUAUUUUAUGUUGCUUCUUAUGUAAACGUAUUAGUUUCGUCAUUAUUUGUAACAGUUCUUUACGCGGACAGUUGGAAUAUCUCUAUUCCGUAUAUAUUUGUUUCGGAGCUUUUUGAAAUAAAUCAAUAUGAGGUUUUUGUGGCGACAAUUGGUAUCUUUAUUACAUUAGCUAAAAUUUAUUUAUUUUUGUUCAUUCCUACCGCAACAAGAUGGACUUUACCUAGGCUAAGAAUGGACCAACUGUGGAAUCUUGGAUGGAAGUUUCUUUUACCUAUUUCUCUUAGUAAUGUAUUAUUAACAACUUCUUUCCAGCUCUUUUCACUGUAA